ACAACUAUUUCUAGUCCGUUAUCGAACUUGGCGAGGAAAACAUGUCGAACGAGACUGAUUUCAAACUAGGUUUAAACGUUUUCAUAGAGACGAAUCUACAAUCGCCCGACUACGAUGGCAUGAUUUUAAUAUUGUACCCUGAAGAGUUAAACGUUCAGUUGCCCAGACACAUUGGGAGUUUCGUGGAGAGAUGCUCGAAAUUGGACAAGCACAUACAUAACACGACAACUGUAUGGAACUGCGAGUAUGUGUCUGGUGAAAGACUGAUAAUUUCACCCACCGGUAAGAUCACUGCUUAUCACGACGUCACCGUUGUGAAGGAAGCUGCAAGGAAAGGUAUGAUCAGAGCAUUAGACGCAGGAGCGAGGAAUCCGUUAUUAGUGGUGCAGAGUGUUGUGGAAUUUCCCGAUGCGCAGCUAGUGUGCAUUCUAGGUGCAUUAGAAGCUCUGUAUAUACCGCUGCAAAUAAGAGAACGAGGAACUGUGAAGAACUAUAGCAAGCUUGGGUUUUACGCAGAAGACAAACUGAACGAGGGCUUUGACAGGAUAGUUAGGAAUGCUAUAGCUUUGGAAAGAGCUAGAGUCUUCACUAGAGACAUCGGAGGCGCCGAUCCGGAAAGGAUGACUCCGGGUAAUGUCGUGGAAUACGUUAAGAGCUCAUUCGCUGGUGACAUCAAUAUCAAGAUUACAGUGAUUGAAGAUGAAAAAAUUAUUGCACAGGAUUAUCCACUCUUGGCUGCUGUGUCCAGAGCUGCUAAUCGCAUAGACAGACACAAAGCGAGGAUCGUUGAAAUAGAAUACAAACCGUCAGAUCCUAGCAGAAUAACUGAGACUAUCAUGCUUGUUGGUAAAGGAGUUACAUACGACACUGGUGGUGCUGAUAUCAAAAUUUCUGGCAAAAUGCCUGGAAUGUCACGGGACAAAUGUGGUGCCGCCGCUGUAGCUGGUUUCUUGAAGGCUUGUUCCAUACUCAAACCACCUCAUUUGAAGGUAAUUGGAGUGUUAUGUCUCUGUAGAAACUCAGUAGGUGAAGAUUCCUACGUAGCCGAUGAAUUGCUGGUGUCUAGAAGCAACAAAACUGUAAGAGUCACUAAUACAGAUGCAGAGGGACGUUUCGCAAUGGCCGAUUCUGUGUUCAAAAUGGCUGAAUUGGCCGGUAAUGAGCUGAAUCCUCAUAUCUACACGAUAGCAACGUUAACUGGUCACGCCAGAGCUUGUUACGGUAAAUACACCGCAAUUAUGGACAACCAUAGUGCCAGAGCUGCCAACCAUGCAAGCAGACUACAAUUUUCUGGAUCAAGAGUGGGAGAAGGUAUAGAAGUGUCGGUGAUCAGACAAGAUGACCUAGCCGUUAACGUUGGGAAGUGCAAAGGCGAUGAUUUACUUCAAGUUGAUAUGGAAACGAAGUCGCGUCAUCAUCAGUUAGCUGCCGGCUUCCUCAUUAAGGUUGGGGGUCUGGAGAAUAAAAAUGUCAAGUAUACCCAUAUGGAUAUAGCCGGGUCUGCUGGCGAAGCGCCCAACGAACCGAGCGCUGUGCCGAUUUUGUCCUUAUGCCAUUUACACAGAGUUCUAUUGUUUUAAAGAAAAAGAUUACGGCAACUUUGUACUGUAGCAAACAGUUCUUAAUCUAUGCUCAAUGCAUUGUUUCAUCGUAAAUAUUUGAGGUCAAACUUCAAACUUGUGUUUAUAAACAAAUAUUAUUAAAAACAUACGAUAUCGUACAUAGUUUGAGAAGGAAUAUAAAACAAUAUAUUUAAGUUUAUUACUUAUAAUCAUGUUUAUAUUUUGUUUUUAUUUUACAAUAAAUCUGUAUGUUUUUCA